AUGUCCAGCAAUACCACUCUGCCUCAGUCAUCUUCACAGACGGACCAGGUCUACACGGCCCUGUACUCUGUGCUCUUUGUGGUCGGGUUGAUGCUCAACUCCAUGGCUGCAUGGGUCUUUUUCAAUCUCCAAAGCCGAAGGAAAACAUUCAUUCUCUACCUGAGGCACAUGGUGGCUGCUGACCUGCUCAUGACGCUCACUUUCCUGCCCCACAUCCUCAUGGAUGCACACGCGGGACCGUGGUGGCUGCCAGCCUUCGUCUGCCGUUAUUCCGCGGUGCUCUUCUACGUCAGCAUGUACGCUAGUAUCCUCUUCCUCUGCCUUCUGGCUCUGGACCGUUAUCUGAAGAUCGUGCAGCCAUUCGGAGGCUCCUGCGGAGCUUGUCUCUAUAGUUACUCCUUCACACGGCUCAUGUCUGUUCUCGUGUGGUUAUCUAUGGCUGCUAUGUCCCUACCAAACAGUAUUCUGACCAAUCAGGAGCCUCGUCCUGAAACAGCACGCAAUUGCACUGCCCUGAAGAGUGAGUUUGGUCUACAGUGGCAUGGAGUAGUGGCCUACAUCAACGUGGGAAUCUUCUUGGUGGUCCUGGUCAUUCUACCAUCAUGCUACAUAUCCAUUUAUAGACAUAUACACCGCUCAAACGCCCAGUUCAUCAUCAGCGGAGAGGGGAGCAAGCGACAGAGGCACACACAGAACAUACUGGUGGUGCUGGUUGUGUUUUCUGUGUGUUUUGUGCCGUAUCACCUGUGGAGAAUACCAUUCACGCUCAGUCAGGUGGAAGACAACUUCAGCCAAUGGACUGAGGAUAUUCUGUAUCAUGGGAAGACAGCCACGUUGUUCCUGUCUUCCUGCAACGUGUGUCUAGAUCCUGUCAUUUAUUUCCUCAUGUGUGCAUCCUUCAGACGUAAGCUGGUGGAGAGCUUGGGACUCAAAAAUAAAUUGUGUCUGAACAGAGCCAACAGCAUUAAAAGUACACAGGUGCUGCGCUUUCGAGAGUACUAA